CCGAGCUUCACCUGCAGCGGCUUGUCGGCGGCGGGAAGAGGAGAGGAGGACGCGGAAAGACAGGAAAAUAACAGCAAAAUAUGGCCAAAGGACACAAAAAGAGGAGGAGAUAAGAAAGACAAGAGGACGAGCUUUGUUUCCGCCCAAGAUGUGUCUUCACUUCAAUGGAGCGCUGGCUGGGAAUUGAAGCGAGCGACAUGGUGCCUUUGAGCAAUGCGUGGAAGACCAAAGGGAUAGAAGACAUGUCAGCGCUGUUAGAAGUUGUCCUGCACUGACUCCGCCUCCUUUCCGCCACCACAACCAACAACAACCCCAUGAAAGAACAGCUGGCCCAGGUGACGCAGGUGAUGUGGAACGAGAAGGUCAGCCCACCUGAUACUGGACAGGAUGAUAUCGGCAAUGCUAUCAGCAGUGUCACAGGAAGUGUGUCCGGCUGUGCAGCGUCCAGUAUCAGUCCCCAGCUGCUGGCCUCUCUGCAGGCCCUCGGAGACAACGCUGAUCUCACACUGCUGCCACACUCGCUGCACCAGAUUGCUGAAGCCUGUUCACUCCAAGAGGAUUACCAGUUGGCCCUCCAGCUCCUCCAGUUGGAGACGAUCUACCAUCAACGUGUGCUCCACAACCUCAGUGCCCUGGAGGACAAGUGGGAGAGCCAGUGGAAAGAAAAGAACCCCGACUACAGUCUGCCCACUGAAACAGACGACAGCCAGGAACACAUGACGACUCUGAGACACCUGUGCAGGACACACCUGGAACCAUCCCUCAGUGGGGCAAAGAAACCACUGAAUAUUACACUGACAGACCUGUGCAACAAGGCGUCCCAGCAGGGAGCAGGAGACGAGGAGGGAAGGAUGGAGUCCAAGUCUGCUGGUCCAAAGGGAGGAGACGUAAAGCAGGAAGACAAGGCCGAGGAGGAGGAGGAUGAAGAGGAGGAGGUGAAGGUGGAAUGGCCAACAGGAGUUCCUCAGGCGUCAGACAAGGACCUGGCCAAGCUCUGCAGUGGAGACACGAGUCUGUCCCCCGAUGGUCUGGUUUCUAUCCUGAAGAGGAGGAGAGCGUCCCUGGAUGGACUGCCCCCCCCUGGAGACAUGGACACCAACAUCAACCCCAAACGCAAAGUUCGCUUCUCCGAGCCUGAGGACGCAAGUGAACAAGACGAGAUGGGCGGAGACUCCUGCCUGACGCUGCUGCUGCUCUGUCUGGUUACCAUGGUGAUCUCCGUGGGCGGCACCGCCCUCUACUGCUCCCUGGUGGACGAGCACGCCAACAUCUGCUCGGACCUGGCGCUCAACGUGGACUUCCUGGUAGGCCAUGUACGCGUCUUCUUUGAACAACUGCCACACUGGCGGCCUCACGCCACAUAAAUCUUCUUCAAGUACUUCUUGGAGUACUUGGACAUCAUGGACUACUUUUAUUGGCCGUCACACUUUCAGACAUAAGUGGGAAACUUUUCCUUAUUUCUCGCAAGGUGCUUACUGCUUUCACUGAUUGUGUGAAUGUCCAAACAUUCACACAAUAUACGAUUCUACACUAAAAAAAUUAUCUAUUAUUAUUAUUAUUAUUAUCAGUGUGUGAAUGUGUGUGUGUGAAUGGGUGAAUGUGGAAAAUAGUGUCAAAGCGCUUUGAGUUCCUUAAAAAAAAGGUAGAAAAGCGCUAUACAAGUACGACCCAUUUACCAUUUACCAUUUCUUCUUCUUCUCCUUCUUCUUCUUCUUCUUCUUCUUCUUCUUCUUCUUAUUAUUAUUAUUGUUAUUAUUAUAUGUGUGAAUGUCCAAACAUUCACACAUAUAAGAUUUUACAGUAAAAAAACAAAAAAUAUUAUUAUUAUACCAAAACUCAUCUAUUUAUUAUUAUUAUUAUUAUUAUUAUUAUUAUUAUUAUUAUUAUUAUUAUCAUUAUUAUUGUUGUGUGAAUGUCCAAACAUUCACACAAUAUACGAUUCUACGCAAAAAAACAUCUUUAUUAUUAUUAUUAUUAUUAUUGUUUGAAUGUCCAAUUAUUCACACAUAUGAGAUUCUACACCAAAAAUCAUCUAUUUAUUAUUAUUAUUAUUAUUGUAUGAAUGUCCAAACAUUCACACAGUGUAUGAUUCUACACAAAAAAUAAUAUAUUCUUUUUAUUAUUAUUAUUAUUAUUUUAUGAAUGUCCAAACUGUCACACAUGUAAGAUUAUACACCAAAAAAAUCAUCUAUUUAAUAAUAUUAUUAUUAUUAUUGUGUGAAUGUCAAAACAUUCACACAAUGUAUAAUUCUACACUAAAAAAUUAUCUAUUAUAUUUAUUAUUAUUAUUAUUAUUAUUGUGUGAAUGUCCAAACAUUCACACAUACAAGAUUCUACACCAAAAAUAAUCUAUUUAUUGUUAUUAUUAUUAUUAUUAUUGUGUGAAUGUCCAAGCAUUCACACAUAAGAUUCUACACCAAAAAAAUAAUCUAUUUAUUAUUAUUAUUAUUAUUAUUGUGUGAAUGUCCAAGCAUUCACACAUAUAAGAUUCUACACCAAAAAAAUAAUCUAUUUAUUAUUAUUAUUAAUAUUACUAUUAUUAUUACUAUUGUGUGAAUGUCCAAGCAUUCACACAUAUAAGAUUCUAAACCAAAAAAAUAAUCUAUUUAUUAUUACUAUUAUUGUGUGGAUGUCCAAGCAUUCACGCAUAUAAGAUUCUACACCAAAAAAAUAAUCUAUUUAUUAUUACUAUUAUUGUGUGAAUGUCCAAGCAUACACACAUAUAAGAUUCUACACCAAAAAAAUAAUCUAUUUAUUAUUACUAUUAUUGUGUGAAUGUCCAAGCAUUCACACAUAUAAGAUUCUACACCAAAAAAAUCAUCUAUAUAUUAUUAUUAAUAUUAUUAUUAUUAUUGUGUGAAUGUUCAAGCAUUCACACAUAUACAGGUAAGCUUCUACACAAACAAAGAAUAAUCUAUUUAUUAUUAUUAUUGUGUGAAUGUCUACACCAAAAAAUCAUAUAUUCAUUAUUAUUAUUACGCCGCAAAGCUUUGGUGCGCGCCACAGUCCACAGUUUUCAUCUGAUCGGAACCGUUCGAGUAUCAAAACGUUCGGCUCGACCGGGAAUUGUGAGCUCCCCCCCAAAAAUGUUCAAAAAAAUAUCCCAGAUUACCCAUAAUUCCUGGAAUGAAUGGGCCAUUUUUCAAACAUGCACAAUUCCCACAUUUCUCACCCGAUUGCAACCGUUCCACCAUCCACACACACUCAUAUCACUUUGGACAUUCAAACUCCCAUUUUCCAAGUUAAAAAAUUCCAGGAAUUUCCAGAAUUCCCUGUUUUCCAAAGCCCUAUUUUCAACCUCUUCCUGGAAAGUUUUUACAGUCCACAUUUUCAACCGUUUUUGACCAUUCCAUCUUCAAAACAUUCCUCUUAGUUGGGACAGCAAAACUACUAUUUUUAUUUUUGUACAAAUUCCCUGUUUUCCCGAAAUUCCAGGACUUGCAAAAUAGCCAUUCUGAAUUCAAACUGUCACUCCAUCAACAUUUUUCAACCGAUUCCAAAAAUUCCAACACUAACCCAUUUAUAUCAUCUCGGACAAUUGUGCUAGUAGCAAUAUUUUCAAAAAUUCCUGAUUUUCCCCAAAUUCCCUAAUGUCCAGGGAACUCCCAGUCAAAUGAAUGGGAACAUUUCUCAAUUUUUAAAACCCUAAUCCGACCUUUCAACCAUCCACACACUGCUCUUCACAUAUAUCAAACGCAAAACAUGUUUUCCCUUUCCCAAAAUUCCCGGUUUUCCAGGAAUUUUCCGUAAAAUUCUCCCUAUUGACAAUAAAUGGGUAUCAUACAAACUAGAGAUGUCCGAUAAUAUCGGUCUGCCGAUAUUAUCGGCCGAUAAAUGCGUUAAAAUGUAAUAUCGGAAAUUAUUGGUAUCGGUUUUUUUAUUAUCAGUAUCAGUUUUUAUUUUUAUUUUUUAUUUUUAUUUUUUUUAAUUAAAUCCACAUAAAAACACAAGAUACACUUACAAUUAGUGCACCAACCCAAAAAACCUCCCUCCCCCAUUUACACUCAUUCACACUCAUUCACACAAAAAGGUUGUUUCUUUCUGUUAUUAAUAUUCUGGUUCCUACAUUAUAUAUCAAUAUGUAUCAAUACAGUCUGCAAGGGAUACAGUCCGUAAGCACACAUGAUUGUGCGUGCUGCUGGUCCACUAAUAAUACUAACCUUUAACAGUUAAUUUUACAAAUUUUCAUUAAUUACUAGUUUCUAUGUAACUGUUUUUAUAUUGUUUUACUUUCUUUUUUAUUCAAGAAAAUGUUUUUAAUUUAUUUAUCUUAUUUUAUUUGAUUCAUUUUUUUUUUAAAAGUACCUUAUCUUCACCAUAGCUGGUUGUCCAAAUUAGGCAUAAUAAUGUGUUAAUUGCACGACUGUAUAUAUCGGUUGAUAUCGGUAUCGGUUGAUAUCGGUAUCGGUAAUUAAAGAGUUGGACAAUAUCGGCAUAUCGGAUAUCGGCAAAAAGCCAUUAUCGGACAUCCCUAAUACAAACCUCUCCACAUCCCACAUUUCUCAUCCGAUUGGAAGCGUUCCAACAUCCACACACUCCACUCACCCUGGACAUUCAAACGUUCCACUUCCACUCAGCGUAGUUACAUUUCAAAAAGCACUUAUUUCAUGUCUUCUUAUUCAUGUGAACUGUCAUUAGUAUAUGUUGUUCUUGAAUAUCUGCUGCAGGCGUGAUUAUAGAAGUCAUUAAACACGACUGAGUUUGUUCUGUAAAAUGUUUUUUAUUGAUUCAUGCAGGUUUUACUUCACUACAACUUUUGAAACGACUUUUAUAACUCCGUAUCAUCUUUUAUCAGGCAAAUAUUGUACUCAUUGACCAAUAUUAUACUGUAUGUGUACCACUGCCACGUGUUAUUAUUCAUAGAACAUCAAUAAACAUGUUUAAAGGUCUACUGUGGGCAGAACAUAACUGCAAAUAUUACGCCAUAUUUACCAAGUAGCACCUCAGAAAACACCACCGUAAUCAGCAACAUUCAAAAUGUGUAGCGUAGUAGGUCCCAAGUGUUCAUUAAAAACAAGGCAAAGGUUUUAAUUGAACAAGUACAUUUCAUAUUUUUGGCCACUGUAACAUUACACGCAGUUUGAACAGUCACACUGUGUUUGAAUAUAAGAAAACAAAACACUGUACUAAAUAAUAAACCAAAUAAAAUGAACUGCACAUUACACGUACCACAGUUUGAGUAUCUGUUUUAGAGUAUUUUUUCUUAACACCUGAUUUAAUAGCACUGAAAUGAAAUUGUUUAUUAUAAAUGUGAUUUUUUUUUAAUGUUUGAUGUUGAGUGUUUUUUAUGUAGAGUGUUGCACCAUCAUUGUGUACAUUUCCACAAAGGAUUCAUUAAAGGAACAUUUUGCAAACAA